AUGGCUGCCCACUGCCAGAUCGACGGCCCUUUGGCCGGUCCUAUCCGAGACAAUCGCCGUUCUGAGCUCGCCCGAAACCACCCGGCCUGGAUCCCUGCCCGUCAGGUUCAGGCGGGUAUCAUGACCACGCAGCAGGCCAUUCGUCGCACUCCAGGAAUCCCCAGCAAAAUCGCCAACGAUCUUUGUGAUGGCCUCCAGAAGUAUGCACAAGAUGUCAACAACAUGCUUCGCCAGGCGAUCAACGAGGUCGCUGACUAUCGUCUCGAUAUUGAGUACAACGAGAAGGUCCUUUGCUCCACGAAGCUGGAGGCAAGUAUCAUGCUUGAGGAGCGCGACAACCUCAAGCGUGAAUAUGCCGAGCUCCAGAGCAAGCAUGAUGAGGUCGAGAAUCGGCUCGCUUGCUAUCACGUGGAGACUGAGAAGUACAAGAACAAGUUGCGCGAGUAUCAAGCCAGACUUGAUCAUGAGAACAACGGAGAAGAUACCACUCAGGAAAUCAUGCGGGAUUUGGUGGAGACUGUCAAGGAGUUCUUAUCUCGUCCUACUUCCCAGUGGCUGGGUACGCGAAACGAGGAAGGCUCACCUGGCAAGGUUAUCACCGCCCUGAGCGCUUCCAGUAUCGCUGCCCUGGAGCAGCAAGGGAAUGAGACUCCUCGCUCUCAGAAUGUGCAGAAGCAGCUGGUUCCCACACGCGCUACCAUCAAGUCAGAGCACAGUGAGAUAAUGCCUUCUAUGGACAAUGCGCUGCAGCCAUUCAACUACCAGCAGCAGAAUGCAGAGACGUCCCAAAUCUCCGGAAUGCCCAACGCAUCUUCUCGCAACGGGCCGCCCACUUCUUAUCCCGGCAUGUUCAGUAAUUCUCGUCGCCCUGCCGACAACAGAACCACUUCUUCCGCCGGUUGGACUCGUGCUUCAAGUGGCGCUUCUAUGCAGCAACCGAUGCUGCCAGCUCGCUCCUACUCGCGAUCUGGAGAUGCUCGCAGCUCUUUCAAUGGUGAUUACAAACAGCCAAACGAGUUUGACCUUUCUUGUGGUUAUGGUGCUCAGUUUACCAUGCAAGCUCGCCCUGGUACUGCCAUUGGUCACCGAGGAUUCAACCAGCAGCAGUCUUCUUUCCGUCCCAAUGCUCCAGAGUUUCAUCCCGGACAUAGCAGCAGCAAUGGCGGUUUUGACAAUGCCGAAAGCUCCUACAGCUACAGCUAUGGACCUGGAUCAAAUGCUGGCUCUCGUCGUGGCCUCAACACCAGUACUGGCCCCUUUGAGAGCCCAACGCCUCGCUCCGUUAGCCGUACUGGAUUUGGCAACUUCGAGGGCCCUUCAUCUGGCUUCACGGGGGCUUCUCCUUUGAUCCCGAGAACCCCUGGUUUCGGUUCCUCUCAGCAGUACAAUAGUGCUCCCACCCACCGUGGUUCCCAAUCUCAGCGGAAUAACCCCUCCAGAUCUUCGGGUCAGAACUACCACGCAGUUGAGUACAAUCACGGAGGCUUCACCCCUGGCCCCUUCAGCCAUGGCAGCAACGGCCCCAGAUCAGUCGGCAAGCCCGCAAGUGUCACCGGGACCUUGGCUUCUGGAGCAGCUUUCGGCCAAGACGACAGCGGCGAUAACGAGCGCUAUGCUCGUGCCUUCGAAGGGGUUUGGGGUCUGGCCCGGAGCUAG